UUACAGGCCUGGCUGCAAGGCGUCCCUAAAGGUCUCUGAUGAAGGGGUGGCCGCCAUGCAGGGGCUAAACCACACCUCCGUGUCUGAAUUCAUCCUCGUUGGCUUCUCUGCCUUCCCCCACCUCCAGCUGAUGCUCUUCCUGCUGUUCCUGCUGAUGUACCUGUUCACGCUGCUGGGCAACCUGCUCAUCAUGGCCACCGUCUGGAGCCAGCGCAGCCUCCACACGCCCAUGUACCUCUUCCUGUGCGCCCUCUCCGUCUCCGAGAUCCUCUACACCGUGGCCAUCAUCCCGCGCAUGCUGGCCGACCUGCUGUCCACCCAGCACUCCAUCGCCUUCCUGGCCUGUGCCAGUCAGAUGUUCUUCUCCUUCAGCUUCGGCUUCACCCACUCCUUCCUGCUCACCGUCAUGGGCUACGACCGCUAUGUGGCCAUCUGCCACCCCCUGCACUACAACGUGCUCAUGAGCCCGCGGGGCUGCACCUGCCUGGUGGGCUGCUCCUGGGCUGGUGGCUUGGUCAUGGGGAUGGUGGUGACAAUGGCCAUUUUCCACCUCACCUUCUGUGGACACAAGGAGAUCCACCAUUUCUUCUGCCACAUGCCACCUCUGUUGAAGUUGGCCUGUAGAGACAAUGUGCUGGUGGUGGCCAAAGGCGUGGGCUUGGUGUGUAUCAUGGCCCUGCUGGGCUGUUUUCUCCUCAUCCUCCUCUCCUAUGCCUUCGUCGUGGCUGCCAUCUUGAAGAUCCCUUCUGCUGAAGGUCGGAACAAGGCCUUCUCCACCUGUGCCUCUCACCUCACUGUGGUGGUCGUGCACUAUGGCUUUGCCUCCGUCAUUUACCUGAAGCCCAAAGGUCCCCAGUCUCUGGAAGGAGACACCCUGAUGGGCAUCACCUACACGGUCCUCACACCCUUCCUCAGCCCCAUCAUCUUCAGCCUCAGGAAUAAGGAGCUGAAGGUCGCCAUGAAGAAGACUUGCUUCACCAAACUCUUUCCACAGAACUGCUGAAAUGGCUGGCUUUCUCUCAAGAGAUGUAGCGAAUGGGAACACUUUAGUCUUCCUCCUUUAUUUCUUUUCCUUUCCUCCCUUCCUCCUUCCCUCCCUCCCUCCCUCCCUCCCUUCCUCCCUUCCUCCCUCCUUCUCUGACCUACUGUCCACCCUCCCUCCCCCUUCCUCCUCGCCUUCCUUCCAUCCUUCCUCCCUCCCUCCCCCUUCCUUCUUCUCUGCCUCCUUCCCUCUUUCCCUUCUCUCUGUCUCUUUCUGUUUCUAUACCUCUCUGUCUCUGUCACUCUCUUUCUCCCUCCUUGUUCUUUUGUUUUUGUUUUUGUUUUUUUGACUGAGUCUCGUUCUGUCACCCAGGCUGGAGUGCGUUGGCACAAUCUUGGGUCACUGCAACCUCCACCUCCUGGGUUCAAGCGAUUCUCCUGCCUCAGCCUCCCGAGUAGCUGGGAUUACAGGCACACACCACCAUGCCUGGCUAAUUUUUGUAUUUUUAGUAGAGACGGGGUUUCACCAUGUUGGCCAGGCUGGUCUCGAACUCCUGACCUCAGGCAUUAUGCCCACCUCAGCCUCCCAAAGUGCUGGGAUUACAGGUGUGAGCCACCGCACCCAGCCCUGACUUUUUUACUGUAGACAUCCUAGUGGUUUCUUAUUGCGGUUUUGAUUUGCAUUUCCCCGAUGACUAAUGACAGGCUUUAGGUACUUAACACAUGUGAGUUAUUUUACUUCACAGGGAAGAUAGGAUUACUAACUCCAUUUUGUUUGUUCGUUAGUUGGUUGGUUUUAUACACGGUCUUGCUCUGUUGCCCAGGCUGGAGUGCAGUAGUCCAAUCAUGGCUAAGUGCAGCGUCAACUUCUGGGCUCAAGCAAUUCUCCCACUUCAGCCUCCAGAGAAGCUAGCACUGCAGAUGCGUGCCACCAGAAGGGUAAUUUUGUAUUUUUUGUAGAGACAGGAUCUCACUAUGUUGCCCAGGCUAGUCUUGAACUCCUGGCCUCAAGCAAUCCUGCCAUCUCGGCCUCCCCAAAUGCUGGGAUUACAGGCAUGAGCCAUGACACUGGCCAAGUUCUAUUUUGAAGAUGAGGAAGCUAAGUUGUGAAGAGAUUAAGUUAAUUAGCCAAAGGUCUUGUCACUGACAUGGAAAAGCUAGAAUUGAACCUAUUCUUUAAAUUAGAGCUGGGGAUAAGAAGUACACAUUUCUCAGGGCCUGUGAAGAGGGGAAGUCAGUCUGUUCCAGAAAGGGAGGAAGAGCUGGAUUGAAAACAAGAGACACAUUCUAGCUAGCACCAAUGGAGUGAGCCCAGAACUAGAAAUAUGCUGUCUUUGUGGGUUUAGGAGGAAUCACACAGUGUCAGAGAAUUAGGGAUACACCUUAUGAGUUUGGCCAAACUGGCUGUAGUAUUUCUGUGUUUUUUAGUAGACAUGUUAAUACGAAAGAGUGUGUCACAUUCAAAUAUUAGAUUGGGCCAGGCACAGUGCCUCACACCUGUAAUUCCAAAAUUUUGGGAGGCCAUGACAGGAGGAUCACUGGAGUCCAGGAGUUCAAGACCAGCCUGGGCAACAAAGUGAAACCUUAUCUCUACAAAAAAAUUAAAAAAUUAGCUAGACAUGGCUGUAUGUGCCUGUAGUACCAGCUACUCAAGAGGCUGAGGUGGGAGGAUCGCUUGAGCCCAGGAGGUUGAGGCUGCAGUGAGCAGUAAUUGUGCCACUGCCCUCCAGCCUGAGUGACAGAGUGAGACCUUGUCCCAAAAAAUAAAAUUAAAUUAAAUUAAACGCUUUGCAAAAAAAAAAAACUACCCAUUUAAAUUCGGGUUCCUGGGUUAUGUUAGAAGUUCCGGCCGGGUGCAGUGGCUCAUGCCUAUAAUCCCAGCACUUUGGGAGGCUGAGGUGGGUGGAUCAUGAGGUCAGGAGUUUGAGACCAGCCUGACCAACAUAGUGAAACCCCGUCUCUACUAAAAAUACAAAAAAUUACCCGGGCGUGGUGGCACAUGCCUGUAAUCCCAGCUACUCAGGAGGCUGAGGCAGGAGAAUUGCUUGAAUCCAGGAGGUGGAGGUUGCAGUGAGCCGAGAUUGGGCCAUGGCACUCUAGCGUGGGUGACAGAGCGAGACUCUGUCUCAAAAAAACAAAAAAAAAAAAAAGAAGAAGAAGUUCCAGGGCACUUAACUACUAAUAUCUGAGGGGGCAUUCUUUGCCUCCCCUAUAAAAUGUAAAGGGAUCCCAAAUGUUAAAAUUCCACCCCCAUCACCUCGAGUUGUCAUGGAAAAGAGAAUGUUAUACCCUGUUUAUACCCCACAUGUCCUGGGGUGUAGCUAGUGCUUUCUAGCUGAUCAUGGUUCUGAAGAUACCUUGGAAUAGGCUGGGAAACAGGUAAAAAUCAGACUGUGUGAGUUUGAAAGAGUGCAGGAAAGGUGGCUUCUGGGUUAUAUCCAAGAUGUGUCAUUGUGGUUCCCCGUGGUGAUCAGAAAAGCGAGCCAGCUUGCUGUAGUUUGGUUGACCAAUGUCCAUGCAUUCUGAAAUUAAAAUAAGCUUUGUGAUUACUCUUUCACUUUAUUUAGUAGUAGCCGUUGUGUAAAUUUAAAACAACCAGAGAAGUUGGGCUUAGUGUUGUUUUUAUACAUGGCAUAUUCUAGACCCUGAGGGCCAGGUCAGGGUGAGGUGAGGGAGACACCUCACCUCAUUUAAACAUUAUUUAAAAUGUUGACAUUUUGUUCACCGUGGAUUUUUUUUGCAUUCAUUUUGGUUUUUUAAAAUAUUGCAUUAGGCCGGGUGUGGUGGCUCACUCCUGUAAUCCCAGCACUUUGGGAAGCCGAGGCAGGUGGAUCAUUUGAAGUCAGGAGUCCGAGACCAGCCUGGCCAACAUGGUGAAACCCUGUCUCUACUAAAAAUUAGCUGGGUGUGGUGUGCGUGUGUGGUCCCAGCUACUCGAGAGGCUGAGGCAGGAGAAUUGCUUUAACCAGGGAGACAGAUGUUGCAAUGAGUCAAGAUCGCGCCACUGCACUCCAGCCUGGGUGACAAGAGUGACAUUCCAUCUAAAAAAAAAAAAAAAAAAAAGCAUAAAUGUAAUUUAUCUUGAUUGCUGAAUUUUUUGGUGGCCCCUUACAUUGGGUGUUCAAAGUGACUGCCUUAUCUCCCCAGAAAGGAAAAACAAAACGCUUGCAUUUUUCCCUCAAAAGACUAAAAAAUAGAAGCCAUCAUUAAUUUAAAAUAGGAUUAAGUGCCAAAAGUUCAGUGAGAACACAGCAGGUCUGGGGGUGUCAACUCUCCAUGCCCCAGGGGUGGAAACAGUCCCCCUCUGCCUGCUAGCUUUGGCCAGCCCCCUCCCCCGGGAUCCUGUCCUCAUCUCCCCCCAUUAAUCAGCCUUCACUUUCUGAAGUCUCACACCUCCUGCAUUCCUCGCUGUUUGUCAAGCCUUGAUAAUGGUCCCCUCUGUGCUUGGUAUCCCCAAGGCAGGACCAGAGCCCAGAGAGGUGAUUAAGGGGCAGGAGCACAGGGAGGGGCAGGAGAUCCCAGGCUUCAGGGACCUGCUCCCUGACUUCCUUGGAGCCCAGUGUUGUGGUCCUAAUUGCCAGAGACCAAGGCCAGCUUGAAAGAUGUGAUCUGUGUCCUUCACUUCUUUUGUUCUUUUCUUCCCCGGUGUUGGCCUAACCUCCUUGCAUGUGGAUAAAAAUUCAAUCCCCUCCUCAUGGAGGUUGUCCUUCUUGUUUCACCCCCAAAAUCCUCCAGUCUCUGUCUGCCAAGCAGCUAGAAGGAGCUUUUUCUUUUUUUUGAGAUGGAAUCUAGCUCCGUCUCCCAGACUGGAGUGCAGUGGUGCGAUCUCGGCUCGCUGCAGCCUCUGCCUCCUGGGUUCAAGCGAUUCUUCUGCCUCAGCCUCCCAAGUAGCUGGGAUUGCAGGCAUCUGCCACCACACCCAACUAUUUUUUGUAUUUUUAGUAGAGACGGGGUUUCGUCAUGUUAGCCAGACUGGUCUCGGACUCCUCAUUUCAGGUGAUACUACCACCUCAGCCUCCCAAAGUGCCGGGAUUACAGGCGUGAGCCACCACAUCCGGCCAGAAGGAUCUUUCUAAAGGGAAAUUCUGAAAAGUCAUCCCUCUACUUAAACCUUCCAUUUCUCUUAGGAUACAGUAUAGACUCUAGUGUGAUCAUCAGGGCUGCGUGGCCAGGUCUAUACUUCAUCCCCAAAUUCAUCCUUUGACCCUAUAGCCCAAUGGGCUCCCUGCUGUCCCGGCAGUAAACCAAGCACGCCCGGACCCCAGGAACCUUGCAUCUACUCUUUUUUUUUUUUUUCUUCAGAGAUUGGGGCAUGAAAUCUUCCAUUCCUCUUUGCAUUGCUGGUUUGCAUUAUUGCGGGUAUUAGAAGACACUGGCUUUUGGCAAGAGGAGUCUAGAUUCCAGGUUUGGUGCUAACUGACAAAGUAUCUUGCGGCAGGUAGAAAUAAUCAGUUUUCUUGCAUUUUUUCCCUCGAAAGACUAAAAAAUGGAAGCCAUCAUUAAUUUAAAACAGGAUUAAGUGCCAAAAGUUCAGUGAAAACACAGCCACAUCUAAGUUUUCUCUGUGUUAGUAUCUCACACACAAUUACACUCCAAAUACAUCCCUGAUGCUGAUGAAACGUUAUGUAUAUAAUUGUAUGUUGUCUACAAGGUAAACCUUAAAAGUAUGACAAAUAGAGGUUACUAUAUGUUCAUUGAAUGUCUUUUUUUUUUUGAGAGAGAGAGAGAAAUAAGAUCUCACUCUGUCACCCAUGCUGGAGUGCAGUGGCAUGAUCUCAGCUCAUUGCAACCUUCACCUCCCAGGUUCAAACAAUUCUCCUGUGUCAGACUCCCUGGAAUUACAGGCGUGCCACCACACCUGGCUAAAUUUUUUUUGUGUUUUUAGUACAGACAGGGUUUCGCCAUGUUGCCCAGGAUGGUUUCAAACUCCUGGCCUCAAGUGACCUGCCCACCUUGGCCUCCCAAAGUUCUGGGGUUACAGGCAUAAGCCACCACGCCUGGCCCCUUGCAUCUACUCUUGCUUUUGCCUGUAAUACCCUUCCCCCACCUGCUCGCACACUCCCUUGGGUCUUCCUGAGGGUCACCUCCUCAGAAAGCUCUUUCCUGACUUCUCCACACUCGGUCACCACCCCUAUUACAAACCCUCAUAGCAACUCACUUAGGUCCCUCAGAGCUUUUAUCACAAUGUCCCAUAUAUGUUAAUUGGUGCAAUUAUUUGUUUAUUUAUGUCUUCCUCUUUCUAGGGCAGACAUUGAGAUCGGGAUGUCUUAUCUAAUUGGUUCAACCCUGUCUUCCCAGUGGUGCCUAGAAAAACGCCUGGUACACAGUAGGUGCUCAGUAAAUGCUUUUUGAGUGAA